AUGGCUCCUAAAAUGAAAUUUCAAGAAGGAGAAAAAGUUCUAUGUUUUCACGGCCCUCUUUUAUAUGAAGCUAAGUGUGUGAAGUCAGAAGUGAAAGACAAAUUGGUUAGAUAUUUUAUACAUUAUAAUGGCUGGAAUAAAAAUUGGGAUGAAUGGGUCCCUGAAGCCAGAGUGUUGAAAUGUAAUGAAGCAGGAUUACAGAAACAAAAAGAACUGUUAAAAGCUCAUGCAGGAGGUGCCCCAGCAGCCAGAUCAUCCACACCCGUCCCAGAAUCAUCCAGCAGCACUAGUGUAGCAUCGAAUGAACCAAAGAGAAAACGAGCCAGGACAGCUGAUUCCACAGUAGAAUCUGAAGAGUCAUUCCUGACAAAAAUAGAAGUAAAAAUCAAAAUUCCGGAUGAAUUAAAACCAUGGUUGGUUGACGACUGGGAUUUAAUUUCAAGACAAAAAAUGCUGGUAUCAUUGCCAUGUAAACUGUCUGUAGAUCAGAUAUUGGAUGAUUAUGUGAAAGCUAAAACAGCCAAGGGAAAUAACCCAAACAAAGAUGCUAUAAUAGAAGUAACUAAAGGAAUCCGAGAAUAUUUCACUGUGAUGUUAGGAACACAUUUAUUAUAUAAAUUUGAACGGCCACAAUAUAAAGAAAUUUUAACAGACCAUUCUAAUACACCUAUUACUAGUAUUUAUGGUGCCACGCAUUUAUUACGAUUAUUCGUGAAGUUAGGGGGAAUGUUAGCCUAUACAGCGUUAGAUGAAAAAAAUGUUCAGUUGUUAUUAACUCAUAUUCACGACUUUUUAAAAUAUUUACAUAAAAAUUCCUCGACCUUGUUUAAUAUUAAAGAUUAUACAGUGGCGCCACCAGAAUAUCAUCGUAAAGCUCUCUGA